AGCAAUCAAAGCAGGAUGCAUUUCACAUAAACGAUGCCAUUACAGUGCUCCAGCUGCCGGCGAAUAUGAUAUGAUGGCGAUGUCCUCUGGGGGACAGACUGUGGUCCAUUAGUGCGGCUGGAUGUCUCGUUAGUGCGCCAGAUGUCCAAAUGGACCUCUCUGAAAGCACGCGCCCGCGCACAGAGAAAGUGAAGAUCAAGAUGAAUCUUAUACUCGUUUCUGACCGUACAAACCAGGCACACUGACCCUUGUCGCGCGUUUUAGUCAUUAUAACACGAUAUUCCGGUUUAUUUUGAACAGUUAUCUGGUGUGCUUUCUUUUCAUCAGCCGGGUGUUUGUUGUUGAUGUGUAGCACGCAUCGCUUUGCAACGCCCAUGAUCUUCUCAACCCGAGGAGGGAGAUACAAACGGGGUGAAACUUCUGAGCAUCAUCUGUAGGCGUCUGUCACCACGUGGACUUGGAUGUGAUCUGUGAAGGGUUUUUUUGGACUGACAAGACGAGAUGAGCGAUGCCAUAGAUGACUCCGGUAUCAUGCGCAGGCGGAGGAUGCAGAAGGAUCUUCCCCUGCCCAGGAAGAGCAGUGGCUGUCGCACCAGUAACCGCAAGAGUCUGAUCUUGACGAGUACGUCUCCCACUCUUCCCCGGCCUCACUCUCCUCUGCCGGGACACAUCGGAAGCAGUCCGCUGGACAGUCCUAGGACGUUCUCCCCCAGCGCACCAGCCCAUUUCUCUUUCGCAUCAUCCAGAAGGGCUGAUGGCAGACGCUGGUCUCUGGCCUCUCUUCCCUCCUCUGGAUAUGGGACAAACACACCCAGCUCAACGUCUUCCAGCUCGUCUCAGGAGCGGCUGCAUCAGUUGCCGUUCCAGCCCACCCUGGACGAGCUGCACUUCCUGUCCAAACACUUCGGCAGCACUGAGAGCAUCACUGAUGAUGAUGGACGGAGAUCACCGCAGGUGCGACCGCGCUCACGCAGUCUCAGUCCGGGGCGAUCGCCUUCCUGUUACGACAAUGAGAUUGUUAUGAUGAACCAUGUUUAUAAGGAGCGGUUCCCUAAGGCCAGGGCUCAGAUGGAGGAGCGCUUGGCUGAGUUCAUCGAGUCGUACUCACCUGAGAACGUGCUGCCGCUGGCUGACGGGGUCCUCAGCUUCAUCCACCACCAGAUCGCCGAGCUGUCCCGAGACUGCCUGACCAAAUCUCGUGAAGGCCUCAUCUCCACCGUCUACUUCUACGAGCUGCAGGAAAACCUUGAGAAGCUGCUACAUGAGGCCUAUGAGCGAUCAGAGAGCUCAGAGCUGACCUUCAUCGCAGAGCUGGUGAAGAAACUCUUCAUCAUCAUCUCCCGUCCUGCCCGACUGCUUGAAUGUCUGGAGUUUAACCCUGAAGAGUUCUACCACCUUCUGGAGGCAGCAGAAGACCACGCUAAAGAGGGCCAGCUGAUGAAAGCAGACAUCCCGCGAUACAUCAUCAGCCAGCUCGGCCUGACCAGAGACCCUCUGGAAGAAAUGGUGAAUUUGGAGAGUUAUGACAGCGAGGGACCCCACACGCCAGAGACGGACGACUCUGCUGAAGGGAAGCUCAAGGCCAUCAAAGCGCCCUGUGAAUCAGACUUCCAGACUAUCAAACUCAUCAGCAAUGGAGCGUAUGGAGCUGUGUAUUUAGUCAGACACCGAGAGACUCGGCAGCGCUUUGCUAUGAAGAAGAUCAACAAACAAAACCUGCUCCUGAGGAACCAGAUCCAGCAGGCGUUCGUGGAGCGGGACAUCCUGACCUUCGCCGAGAACCCCUUUGUGGUCAGCAUGUUCUGCUCUUUUGAGACGCGCCGUCACCUGUGUAUGGUUAUGGAGUAUGUGGAGGGCGGUGACUGUGCAACGCUGCUAAAGAAUAUCGGAGCACUUCCUGUGGAAAUGGCCCAGAUGUACUUUGCCGAAACCGUUUUAGCGCUGGAGUACAUUCAUAAUUAUGGCAUCGUACACCGAGACCUGAAACCAGACAAUCUGCUGAUCACGUCGAUGGGUCACAUUAAGCUGACAGAUUUUGGCUUGUCAAAGAUGGGACUCAUGAAUCUCACCACUAACCUGUUUGAGGGACACAUAGAAAAGGACGCCAGGGAGUUCCUGGACAAACAGGUGUGUGGCACGCCGGAGUAUAUCGCCCCGGAGGUCAUUCUCAGGCAGGGCUAUGGGAAACCAGUGGACUGGUGGGCCAUGGGUAUCAUCCUCUACGAAUUCCUAGUGGGCUGCGUGCCGUUCUUCGGAGACACGACUGAAGAGCUCUUUGGUCAGGUGAUCACAGAUGAUAUUGAGUGGCCUAAGGGAGACGAGGCACUGCCUAGUGAAGCUCAGAGCCUGAUCUCUGCCCUGCUGCAAACCAACCCACUAGUGCGACUGGGUACAGGUGGAGCGUUUGAAGUAAAGCAGCACUCGUUUUUCUUGGGAUUGGACUGGAAUGGUUUACUCCGACAGAAGGCCGAGUUUAUCCCUAAUCUAGAGUCUGAGGAGGACACCAGCUAUUUCGACACACGGUCCGAGCGUUAUCGGCACAUCAACUCCUACGACGAGGACGACACCAAUGACGAUGAGCCAGUAGAGAUAAGACAGUUCUCCUCCUGCUCGCCGCGCUUCAGUAAGGUGUAUAGCAGCAUGGAGCACCUGUCUCAGCUGGAGCAGAAGACACCUGUAGUAACCCGUCGAGAGCACAAAGGUCGCCGUGAUGACAAGACGGCUAAGCGGGAGAGUCUGGGAAGCUUGAGGGACAAGAGCUGGAGGACAGGCUCACCUGAGAUGAAGCGUCUAUCAUACUCUGAGUCUUUGUAUAUGGAUGGAGAUUACAGUCCUCCUAUGGGUGCCCGGCGCCGUUUUUCAGCCCUAAUGGACACGCACAGGUUUGCCGCUACUCAAGAGGGCGAUGGAGAGCUCUCAGAAAAACAGGGUGCUGCUAAAACCUCAGCAUCAUUAGUAGAGGGAGCCACCACACUGUCAUCGCCAAGUGCUAAUGAACAGAGGAAUGCUGGAAAGGAAGUUAUGUCGGCAAGUAAAGGGGCAGACAAGCCACUGAGACCAGGUGAGAUAUCAGCACCAAAGGCUAUACCAGGAGCCAUAGCAGUGGUUGGUAGGGACGGGGUGGCCAUGGGUGACACCGUCGGACAGCGAGCGACCAAAGAUCUGGUGCUUCGGCAAGCGCGUCACCAGCAGCUGUCAAGCGAUGGAGAGAAACGCACCUCACGUCCCAGCAACAAGGUCAUCAAAUCUGCAUCUGCCACCGCUUUGUCUGUCAUCAUACCCGGAGUUGAGCAGCACGGUAGUUCUCCACUGGCCAGUCCAAUGUCCCCACGCUCUCUCUCAUCCAACCCCUCAUCACGAGACUCCUCUCCCAGCCGUGAUUACUGCCCCACUGUAACGGUGCUUCGUUCACCAAUUACUAUCCACCGCUCUGGCAAAAAGUAUGGGUUCACACUCCGUGCCAUUCGGGUCUACAUUGGAGACACUGACAUCUACAGUGUGCACCACAUAGUCUGGCAUGUGGAGGAUGGAGGCCCUGCUCAGGAGGCGGGACUAUGUGCUGGUGACCUCAUCACUCAUGUCAACGGUGAAUCUGUGCAUGGAUUGGUCCAUACCGAGGUGGUAGAGCUUAUACUUAAGAGUGGAAACAAGGUAACUGUGACCACAACACCUUUUGAAAACACAUCCAUUAAAGUGGGACCAGCACGCAAGUCCAGUUGCAAGUCCAAGAUGGCUAGACGCAGUAAGAGGACAGUCAAAGAGGGACAGGAGAGUAAGAGGCGUGGGUCUUUGUUCCGCAAAAUAACUAAGCAAUCCAACUUGCUGCAUACGAGCCGUAGCCUGUCAUCUCUGAACCGGUCCCUCUCAUCCAGCGAUAGUCUUCCUGGCUCUCCGACACACAGCCUGUCCGGUCACUCCCCUACCCAGGGCUACCGCUCAACCCCUGAGUCAUCCCACCUUGGUGCCUCCUCCCAGAGCAGUUCUCCUGCCUCCAGUGCCCCGAAUUCCCCUGCAACAACCCAGCAUAUGAGACCCAGCUCCCUGCAUGGACUUUCCCCCAAACUACACCGCCAAUACCGUUCAGCCCGCUGCAAGUCAGCAGGCAACAUUCCUUUGUCUCCAUUGGCUCAUACACCAUCCCCAACUCAGUCCUCACCACCUCCUUUGCCUGGGCACACAGUCGGGAGCUCCAACACCACCCAAACCUUUCCUGCCAAACUACACUCAUCUCCACCAAUCAUAAGGCCUAGACCCAAGAGUGCUGAGCCACCCAGAUCACCACUACUCAAAAGAGUGCAGUCAGCAGAGAAACUUGGGUCACCUCUUUCAUCUUCAUCUGAUAAGAAAGGUGGGAUUGGGUUGAUGAGGAAGCACAGUUUGGAGGUUGGACAUUCAGAUUAUCGUAAGGAUGGUUUCCACUGUGAGCUUGGCCUCCAGAGUUUGGUGGAAAUUGAGGGUGAGAAUCUGGCAUCUGCUCCAACAACUUCUCCUUCACCCACUCAACCGACACCAUCAUCGCCUGAAAAGGGCGUUCUGAAGCCGGUCAGGAAGCUGGGCAGGCAGGAGUCACCUUUGAGUAGAGAUGCUUUGCUUGCCGGGAGAGAAAGGGAUCGAGACAAGGAGAGGACUGGUGAACCAAGUCAAGCUAGUGAAGCUAAAACAGGGGUGGUUAAAGAGACCCUCUCUUCUGGUGGCAUUACUCUAUCUGGAAAUAAGAAAUCUGCAAGUGUUGAAGCAUAUCAGCGGCCCCCUUCCACACUGCAGGAAAGUUGCCAAGCCAAGCCUCAGACUUGGCAGCCUCCAUUGACCAAGUCUUCUCCGGUAGCAUCAGAGUCCAAACCUCUAUUCCAAGUUGCCUCUCUUCCAUCGCCCCUGACCACGUCUUCCCCGUCUGUCAAAGCAACAGAUCCAAGUUUCAUUAAGGAAACAGCAAAUGAUGACCAAGGAAGUCUUACAAAAAUUGCCCAAAGCCAGGCACUAGGAACAACUAAGCCUUCAUACUCUGUGAGUACAUUUGGUGUUAUUAACAAAGAGUUGUUGGAGAAAGAAGGGGGAAAGGAUACUGGGAAGACUUCAACUUCAGUCAAGCCAAGUAUGCCAUGCAGUGAUCUCGGGAAGACAACAAGCACAGAGAUAACCAAAGCAAAUAAUGGACCAGGUGAUGGAGAGGGUCUCAAAAAGAGCAUAUUAGAUUCCCAUACCAGAACUUUAGAUGUCAGGGCAAGAACUGCUCCAUCCAAAGGGGUUGUCCCAUCUCACCCACCCCAGGUGCAGUGCUCUGCUUUGGGAAAACUUAGGCAGGACAAGGGCUUAGCUCCGGUCAGCUGCUACCGGGGAACACUGGAUUGGGAAGACAAAUGCCUCUUGGAAGUAGUUGAGGAACACUCUCCAUCUCCCACUUCUUCUCCAACUGGAGUUCCUCCUGAUCUGCCCAAAACUCAACUUCAGUCUCCUGGUGAAAAAUCUGGUUUGGCUACACAGUUGACAAGCACAGGGAAAUCUAUAGGGUCUGAUAAAGGUGGAACUCAGGAGGGGCCCAAGCCCAAAGAGACCCCCGAAUCAUUGGGGGUCACCAAGGCUUGUGCACCAGGAAGACCUGAUCCUUCUUCUGGGAGUAGACCAAGCUCCAAAGUAGUCAGCCAGAGUCCUACUAGCACCUCUCCGCAGGUGAAGACUGUCAUUACUCCUCAGAAUGGCUCUUGAUCUUCUGCUAGUUGGAAUAAUUAAUGCAUUAAACCAUAUUACGCUGAACAAAGACAACAACUCCAAGGUUAUUUCAAAGGCUGUUAUUUAGUGUACAUGCAGAGCUGCAUCAGAAAAAGUUAUAGAAGUAUUAUAUUAGAAUGUGUGUUGGGUAUUUGUGUAUGAGGUGAUGAUUGGGUGCAUGUUUUGUGGUGCUUGUGCUACAAAGUAAAAAAAAAUGGACAAGUGCAAAGUGCUUUAACAGAUCAAGCAAUGCUGAAUUCUAUGAACACCAAAACAAUGUUAUGUGUACUUUUCCUAAGGUGACCAACCACUCAAUUUCCUUAAACACAAAAACUGAAAAGAAUUUGUUCAAGGUUACAGCAUAUCAAGUUUUUGGCAUUGACAGAACGCAUUGCUUCUUUUGCAGUUUUUGUUUUUUGGGCUUCUUACAUGAUUCAGGAGUUUCUAAUCAGGUUUAACACAACCAUUAGUGCAGGGGCAGCAAUGCCCCCCACCACCCCACAACAUGACCCCAGAACCAAGUGGGGACCUCCCCCCAUUGUCUUAGAGCAGACCAAGAAUGGACUGGAACUAAUUGAGGUUUAAGUCAAUGCCAUACCGUUCUGUGAAAGGCCGCCUCUGCAUUAAUGGCUAGUGCAUACUGCUUUAGCCAUGAGGAGGAUGUUGCCUAAACCAUAGAUUUAUUCCCCUUAUAAAAUUCCCUCUUAACUAAGUCUCUCAUCACACUGAAUUAAGACAGUUGAAACUGUUGACAUUUUGUUAAUUGUGCAGAUUGAUGCCUUCUGAGGUAAAUAUCAGUCCCUUAACAGAAAGGUGGUGCAUUUGAAAGACUAAAAUAUUCAAAGCUUACAUUGAAAUAACUCCACCAAUAUAAUAAAUGGUAUUAUAAAUUUAGCAUCUUGUAGCUACAUUUAGCUAUUUAUUUUCAAAUCAAAUCAAACUAACUAAACUGAAAAGACAAUGGUAUUCCUCCGAGAUAAUCAUUGAUCACAGACAGGCACCUCUAUGUUUGCAUACUUGCAUAUAGUGUUUUAUAGCCUUACAGUGUCUCUGUAAAUUUACAGUUUACUGGCAGAUUUAAUACUCACAAGUAGGUCAAUGUAAUGCACAGCGCUUGACAUGGACUGGUGCAUCUCUACUCUAUUUUGUGCUACUGAAUUCUCUUUGAAAGUGAUGGUUGACCUCACUGUGACUCUAGCGCUCAAGUCUCAUAUUCGCUACCUGAAUAAUAAUUCUCCAGCCAUGGGGGUUUGCAGUUGGUUAAAGCAAGGGGUCAAAGUUUGGCUGUUAAGUAUGGCCCAGUUAGCCCCUGAUGUUAGAUGUCAUAACUACACCAUCUGGCUGUUAAAGAGAGCAUUCACAGUCAUUCAAAAGAAGCUGUGUAUUGAAAGAAUGCAAAUGCAUUUUGUAAAUCAAUAAAAUGAGGUGAAAUGAGUGGUUAAGGGUUUGAACAUCUCUGCAAGUCUCUGGCUAUGUUUUCUGGAGCAGUGGCUAUUGAAAGUGAGAUCAUAAACUAAAAAACAUAAUGAUUUAAGUGCUAAAUGCAUAUCAAGAAUUUCGGAGUACAUGAGCAUUGUCUUUUCAUAACACAGGUCUUGAUUACAGAAAUUGUUGGAUCAGCAAAUUAACGAUGGUUGUUGGAAUCUGACUGAAAGAGGAUUCUAUGGUAAAAAUAUUCUGUAGUUGCUCAGGCAUCAGUAAAUGUCACUGUUGUCAUGGCAACGCGGAGCCGGUGUAGCCUGUCGCCUGCUGACAUUUCUUUGUGUGGUCUGAAUGUUGUUCACUAACAUGCAAUGAAAAUAUCACUAAACAUUUGUUACUAAAGUAACUCUGUUUUAACUUAAACUUAUGCAAAACAAAUGUUUGUAGGGAUGUGUGGGGAUUUUUUGCCAUAUCCAUUGAAACAUCAAUAGCAAACAUUAGUAAAGAUGAACAGUGGUUUUACUACAGUAACCAUAGUUUACCAUAGUGAAACAUAAUAAAGAAAUGGUAUAAAACCAUAAUAACCACAUAUAUAUUUGAUUUAUCCUUUUCAUUAUUUUUUAUGCCAUGUAUAAAUAAGCAUAUUGCUAGUUUUAAUACAAAUAUAUCAAGAAGAUGGUGAUGAUGAUGGAGAUGAUGAGUUGAGGUGUGGCUGAAAUAGAUGGAUUUAUGCUGCCACCUGAUGGAUAACACAAACACUGUCACCAGAGUGUUACAUCACUUACAUCUUAUAUUUACAGGGAUAAUAGUAGUAUGGGUUGCAAUCAGUGACGAAACCAAGAGUGCUUUAUUUAUUUGUAUGUCAUUGUAACGUACAAAGGUCUUGAAUUGCUGUAGCAUGAUGAUGCCUUUGGAUAGACAUUAAGAUAUCGAUUAAUCUUUCCAUAAAUGUAUUCUGACGUUGCUUAUCUCUCAUCAACUCUCAUCUCACAUAGCUUUUGCCGUUUCAUAUCUGGUUUCAGUAUUAGUGAUUUAAUGUAUUAUAUAGAAACUCAACAGAGUAUACCAGAGAGUUAUUUGGAUGCAUCAGUGAAAUGGAGAAGUGACGACAAAAUAUGCACAAAAUAAUGUAAAAAUUUUGGGUGAAGGUGUGAAUAUAUCUGAUGUUAUAUUUGUAACACACAAGAAAACUGAUUUUCAGUUGUUGUUGUUUUUUUUUUUUUUUUCAUAUUCGGCCCUUUCCCGUGCAUGAAUUCUCUGUUGUGGUUAAAGGCAACUAACAUUUCACUGGCCUGAAUGUUUCCACCAUGUGACUGUUACAGCGGAUGGAAUAUGAGACUAAUGUUUUAUAAUGAUCACUUACUCUGUGCUGUAAAGCCCUGUGUCUUAUUCAGCUCUGAAUGAUUGGAUUUACACUGCACAACAGAUUCACAGAGUGGACUGAAAACAAGAAUCCACACAUAUUGAAAGUAUCCGCUCCUAUAUGUCAGAUUAUAUUGUGUUUGUGUUCAUGUGGCCAUAUUUGAAAAAGUUCCUUUUUUAUUUUAUUUUUUAUUGUAAUUUCCUAUAAAAUGUGAUCUUAUGAGAAUGCACUUUAUUUCAUGUCAUUUUUUGUAUACGUUCUUUGUUGUUUUAUCCAACUGUCCAAAAUUCUGUACAAUACUGUACAUGGAGGUAUAUAAAGAUAUAAAGGUAUUCCUACACAGGAUAAAUUAAGAGGAUCUCAGUCUUGUAUCACCUGUUAUGAGGCAUUUUGGACAUUCAUUUGUUAGUUUAUUCUAUUUAUUUGGCUCUGUACAUCAAUUUAUUUACAGCAAAUAUCAAGCGAUCCAUUAACUGAGGUGAAUUGUGUGUAAUCUAUUAAUAAAGAGAUAUUGUAUAAAA